CUCCUCUCUGUCCCUACAUACCUCUCUUUAAUCCCCUUACUUUUCCUCUCUUAUUCUCCUUUCUCUCCGUACAUUUUCUCCGCUCCUAUUUUCAAAAUGCGAGAAAUCCUUCACAUUCAAGGUGGACAAUGCGGCAACCAAAUCGGUGCCAAGUUUUGGGAAGUAGUUUGUGCCGAACACGGCAUUGAUUCUACCGGCCGAUAUGACGGAGAUGCAGAUCUCCAACUUGAGAGAAUCAAUGUCUAUUACAAUGAGGCAACCUGUGGAAGGUUUGUUCCUAGGGCUGUUCUUAUGGAUCUGGAACCUGGCACCAUGGACAGUAUCAGAUCUGGUCCUUAUGGUCAGAUCUUUAGGCCUGAUAACUUUGUUUUUGGCCAAUCUGGUGCUGGUAAUAACUGGGCUAAAGGUCAUUACACUGAAGGCGCUGAAUUAAUUGAUUCUGUUCUUGAUGUCGUUCGUAAGGAAGCUGAAAACUGUGAUUGCCUGCAAGGAUUUCAGGUGUGCCAUUCAUUGGGUGGAGGAACAGGGUCGGGUAUGGGCACCCUUUUGAUUUCCAAAAUCAGAGAGGAAUACCCAGACCGAAUGAUGCUUACGUUCUCAGUUUUUCCUUCCCCAAAGGUUUCUGACACUGUUGUCGAACCUUACAAUGCUACUCUGUCUGUUCAUCAACUAGUUGAAAAUGCAGAUGAAUGUAUGGUCCUUGACAAUGAGGCUUUAUAUGACAUUUGCUUCAGAACUUUAAAGCUCACCACCCCAAGCUUUGGAGAUCUGAAUCAUUUGAUAUCAGCCACAAUGUCUGGUGUCACGUGCUGCUUGCGUUUCCCUGGGCAGUUGAACUCUGAUUUAAGGAAGUUAGCUGUGAAUUUGAUCCCAUUCCCAAGGCUCCACUUCUUUAUGGUUGGAUUUGCGCCUUUGACUUCCCGUGGUUCUCAGCAGUACAGAGCUUUGACAGUUCCCGAGCUAACACAGCAAAUGUGGGACUCUAAGAACAUGAUGUGCGCAGCUGACCCUCGCCAUGGAAGAUAUUUAACUGCAUCUGCUAUGUUCAGGGGAAAAAUGAGCACAAAAGAGGUUGAUGAGCAAAUGCUCAAUGUGCAGAACAAGAACUCUUCCUACUUUGUUGAGUGGAUCCCGAACAAUGUGAAAUCAACUGUUUGUGAUAUCCCACCUACUGGACUUAAGAUGGCGUCGACAUUCAUUGGGAACUCGACAUCAAUUCAGGAGAUGUUUAGGCGUGUGAGCGAACAGUUCACUGCUAUGUUCAGGAGAAAGGCUUUCUUGCAUUGGUACACUGGUGAGGGAAUGGACGAGAUGGAGUUUACUGAGGCUGAAAGUAACAUGAAUGAUCUGGUUUCAGAGUAUCAGCAGUACCAAGAUGCCACUGCUGAUGAGGAGGGAGACUAUUAUGAGGAUGAAGAGGAGGAAGCUCAGGAGGAUUAAUUUGAAAUGCUAUUGUGAACUUUGAAAUAUGAAUGAAGCCAAAACCACAACUUCCAGUUGAUGUUCUUUUGGCUAUGUGAUGUAAUAGUGCUCUUCAAACUUCAGGCUUUUGUAAUAUUUCUUUUGGAAGACUACUUGCUAUGCUUAUACAAGUAUUAUGUUUCUUGUCUGUUGGUAAUAGUACUUGUUUCUUUUGGCUUUGUUUUUAGUUUUAGUCUUGAACAAUCUUAUCUUGAUUGUUAAUGUGUUUUAUUUUUUGUGA